AUGAGCAGCGUUACCAUACUGGACGGAGGCUUUGCCACCCAACUCUCGGUACACGUUGGCAAAAGCAUUGACGGUGAUCCUUUGUGGAGUGCCCGUUUCAACGCGACCGAUCCGAAUGCCGUAUUCAAGACCCACCUAGACUUUCUGGAAGCCGGUGCGGAAGCCAUCAUGACCAACACGUACCAGGCCAGCAUCGAGGGUUAUGGGGAGUAUCUACACCUGAACGAGGACACCAGUCUGAACCUGAUCAAGUCGACGGUACGUGUGGCUCAAAUGGCACGCAAUCACUUCCUCGCGCAGACACCGGCUGAGGAAAGACCGACCAUUCCGUUGCUGGUGGCUUCGAUCGGACCGUACGGGGCGCAUUUACACGAUGGCUCAGAAUACACCGGGUCCUACUCGAGCGAGGUGUCGAUGGACACGAUCCAGAAGUGGCAUCGUCCUCGGAUUGACGCCUGUCUAGAAGCGGGCGUUGAUGUACUUGGUAUUGAGACGAUUCCUUGCAAGAUGGAAGCCGAAGCACUGCUAGAUAUGCUGUGCGAGGAGUACCCAACGGUGCGGUUCUGGAUAUCCUUCCAGUGCAAGGACAACCUGCACCUGGCCAACGGAGAGCUGUUCAGCGAAACCGUCAAUUCCCUCUGGGCGAAAGCGCGUGCGAGACGCAACAAAAACCUACUUGCGUUGGGUGUGAAUUGCGUGCAUCCCCAGAUCGUGACACCACUCUUCAGGAGUGUUAACGAGCAGAAGCUGCCUGAAUGCCGUAUCCCGCUCAUUGUCUAUCCCAACUCCGGUGAGGUGUACACCAUCGAGGAAGGGUGGCAGGGCCGGGAAGAUUGCGUUCCCCUGGAACACUACGUGCCGCAGUGGAUCGAGCUUGGGGCACGUUUUGUUGGCGGAUGCUGCCGGACGUACGCACGCGACAUCAAGCGCAUUAAGCAAAGCGUGACUGGCUGCGGAACCAUCGGGAACCAACGUUGACCGGCGGGUGAAGCCAGCUAGCCCGUUUCUCUGCCCUGUGAGCCCUUUUUUUGUGGUCGAACGCAACACACGUUCCCUUUGUGUGGGCUGUUGAGCCGUUUGUUGCGUUUUGACCAUUUGUCAUGUAUGCGCACGUGUGUUUUAUGUACUGUGUGUUGUUUCGCGUGCUUCUGGCGCGAUUAGUUUUGUAAGGAGAAACUCUCCCCCUGUUCACAGUGCGC